CCUGCUCACGCCAAAAAUAAAAAAAUAAAAAAAUAAAUCCAAGUCCCGUACAAAGAAAUGCGCCUGUCUCACAACUCCACGUUAAACAGUACCGUGUCCCUUUAAAAACGUCUGACAAAAAGCCCAUAUGAUCCCCGAGCUCCAAUCACCAAUUCCUUCUGCAAAAGCAGCCUCUGCAUUUUUGCCUGUCUGAAUGCUACAGCAGCACGGGGGGAAAAAGAUUGAGGAUAAGGCAAAAACUGAAGAAAUGUGACAAUUCAACGGUCAUUUUCAUGGCGAAGGGAAAACUGGUUCGAAAGGAGUUAUUCUGGGACUCCUUUGAGCCUCAAAACGCUGGAUCAAAAUGCUCAUAGUGGAGAAGACCACAGACUUCCCCUCUGCUGAGUUCUCUCUGGUGGAGGAUGUGGCUCUGCACUUCACCUGUUUGAUGGACAGGCUGAAUGAGCAGCGCCUCUUCCAGCCUGACCUGUGUGACGUCGACAUCGUUCUGGUGCGUCAGCACAGCACCUUCCCAGCCCACAAGGGCGUGCUGGCGGCCUACAGCCCUUUCUUCCACUCCCUUUUUGCCCAAAGCAAACAACUGCGGCGGGUGGACCUUUCGCUGGAUGCCUUGACCUCACAGGGCCUGCAGCAAAUCCUCAACUUCAUUUACACCUCCAAACUGCUGGUGAGCAGCCGCACUGUACGCGACGUGUUCAACGCCGCUACCCUGCUUCAGAUGAGCGACAUCGCAGCCUCCUGUCGCGACCUCAUCAGCAGUCACUCGCUGAGAACCACCUGCGCAGAUAUGGCCAGUCAGGAAGGGCUGAGUGGUGGUGAUCCAGCUGCUGUAGCGAUACCCCCCAGCCAGCUGUACCCGGAGAUCAAACAGGAGUCAGAGCUGGGGAGGGUGUACAAGAGGGAAGGCAGCAGCCCAUUCUCUAUUAGAGUGGAGGAGGCAGGCAAGACAGCCUCCCAGCAGAAGCAGUCUUUGUGCAAAGCUGAGAGCAAUGGAGAGGAGUCAAACACAGCAGAUGGCCACACCUCCUUCAACAGAGACCAGAUCAUCGUAGAAGUCAACCUCAACAAUCAGACCCUUAAUGUGUCAAAGGGAUCGGAAGGCAAAUCGGCGACCGCCACAGAGACAGCCACCAUCUUUGGUCAUUGCCAUGACAACGAGAGAGAUUCAGAAGACGAUGAGGAGAAUGAGGCGGACAAUGAUGACACCGUUGGAGAAGAAGAUGACAGUGACCUGAAGAGGGGGGACAUACUUGGGCAGAGCAGCGAGGAGGAAGAGGAGGAGGAAGAUGAGGAAGAGGAGGAGAACACCCUAAACAUUCCAGGCUUGGAGCAGCCAGCCAUGAUGGAUCGACCUCGCCGGGGCACCAGAGCCUUUGCCAUGGCGGGUACAACUGCCUCCAUGCGGCAGACACUCACAGAGGCCACGCUGGCCAACCAGCGGCAGGGCGGGAAGAGGACGCUGGAUGCAGAGGGCCUGGGCCAGAAAGUGAGGCUGGAGGAGAAGCAACAUUUCCCGUGUAAGAAAUGCCCUCGCGUCUUCAACAACCGCUGGUACCUGGAAAAACACAUGAACGUCACUCACAACCGCAUGCAGAUCUGCAAUAACUGUGGGAAACGCUUCCUGCUGGAGAGCGAGCUGCUGCUGCACCAACAGACCGACUGUGAGAAGAGCAUCCAGUGUGUAACAUGUGGCAAGGCCUUCAAAAAGCUGUGGUCGUUACACGAGCAUAACAAGAUCGUCCACGGCUACGCUGAGAAGAAGUUCUCCUGCGAGAUCUGUGAGAAGAAGUUUUACACCAUGGCUCAUGUCAGGAAGCACAUGGUCGCCCAUACGAAGGACAUGCCGUUCACCUGUGAGACAUGCGGAAAGUCCUUCAAGCGCAGCAUGUCCCUGAAGGUUCACUCUCUGCAGCACUCAGGAGAGAAACCCUUCAAGUGUGAGAACUGUAGUGAGCGCUUCCAGUACAAAUACCAGCUGCGUUCUCACAUGAGCAUCCACAUCGGACACAAGCAGUUCAUGUGCCAGUGGUGCGGAAAGGACUUCAACAUGAAACAGUACUUUGACGAACACAUGAAGACACACACUGCUCUUUGUGUCCCUCUUUGUGCAGGAGAGAAGCCGUACAUCUGUGAGAUCUGUGGGAAGAGCUUCACGAGCCGGCCCAACAUGAAGCGCCACCGCCGCACCCACACCGGGGAAAAGCCCUACCCCUGCGAGGUGUGCGGCCAGCGCUUCCGCUUCUCCAACAUGCUCAAGGCCCACAGGGAGAAAUGCUUCCGCGUCAGCAACCCCAUGGUUACCGACGGCAACAACCCCCUCGGCCUCGACCAGCCUCUGGCCUCUCCUGCUGUGGACUCUUCCGGUCAGGUGCAGCUGGGGGCGGCGCUCCCCGCCACGUCUGUGACCACACCCGCUGCUGCCUCUAGCCCACACCCCCUCCGUGGCACCCAGCUGUCUCUCCCUCUGCUGCACUCCAUGGGGGGGCUGCCUCCCACCCCUCAUUUACCCCCACCGCCUCCCCUGUUCUCUGCCGGUAGGAUGAACUCCAACAACUAACAAAUCUCUGUUGCAUCUAAAGCACUUUUGUUAUUUUUGUUUUGUUAUUUCUUAGAGCUUUUAAGAGGACUCCUGCAGCGGGAGAGUGAUGCACCUCAGUGACAUUUACACUGAGGGAAAAAACUGACUGAAGGCUACAUGGCAGCCUCAUAAAAAGAACACACAUACACCUACCACAAUAAGAAAUAGUUAUUUUUUACUCUGUUAAAUACAAUAGAUAACCUCAGAGUCCAGUAGGACAUGUUGUCACCACACUUCUCCUCAUGAAUUUCACAACUCUGUUCUGGUUUCAUUUGGGAUUUUCCACUACCACACACAUUUCUCCAGAGCCUUGCACAAUGCAUUGAUUGUAGCAUCUUUUACAAAGUGGGAUGAAGAGUUUCCUAAAUCGUAACUCAUACGGGGUUCAUCAGUUGAGUGAGAACCACAUUAUGAUGAGAAAAAAAUGUUUUAUUUUUGAUCGUUCUCUGCCAAGAUGUAGCGAGUGGUUCUGGUCUGACCCAGCAAUAACCAAAUGCUGAUUUGUCUUUGAGCAUAUGUACAUGUAUAUGGCAUUGCCAAUAACCAAAUCCUGUUAGCUCACCUGCUAUAGUUAAGUAAUGUUAUACAGCAUUUAUAAUCGAUCCUGCACCUUACAUUUAACUCUAGUGAUAUUUAAAAUGUACUCCUAAUUGUCUUCAUUUUUAUAAUUGUGGUAGUGUGUAAUUUGUGGCACGUUACGUCAAUUUGUAAGGACGUAAGAGAAGUUGUGACACGUGGAGAGUCAGCCGUGCAAUGCUGUGUGUCUGUUUGUGUGUGUGUGUGUGUGUGUGUGUGUGUGUGUGUGUGUGUGUGUGUGUGUGUGUGUGUGUGUGUGUGAAGCAGAGACAGGAGAUGAGGAUCUACGCUAAUCAACGCUUGAGCUUCCCCGAGUCAGGAGAUGGAGUAAUUUGUUGAGUCUCAUCUUUUGCUUACAUUAAGCAAGCACGCUCCUCUCCUGUAGAUCUGGCUUUGAGACGAUAUCGCACUUUUCUGUGACUUGUUAGUAAAACCUAAUGUACUCAGACCUACAGUAUAUUUGUAGGUUUAAAAUCUAAUGUUAAUGUUAACUUGCGGCUCAUUUCCCAACUAAACCCGAUCUGUGUAAUUAGUUUGCAGAAUACCAAGAGUGUAGGGAUAAUAAUAUUCACAAAAAUCUGCUUACGUAGCUCAUUAAGUGUGCACAUUUCAUCAUGAUGUAUAUUGUGAAAUGAUAAACAUUAUAUUCCAAUAACUAAAUCUCUCAAAGACAGUGAUUACUUUUGGCACAACAGAUGCAUCACUCAAAGGGCCCUGUAUGAUUACAUCACUAUUAUAAACUAGUCAAUUUCUUAUAACAGUGAUCUGUAGAAGCUGAGCAAAGUUAGGGACAUGAAGUAUAUAAUAACGCUCAAAAAUGUGCGGCCCAACGUGCACUUUUGACAGUUGUUUGUCAUGAUCUCACUGGAGUAGAACUGAAAGAAUAUAAUCGAAUCCCUGUCAGUAAAAAGUUAUUCUCUUUUAGGAAUAGGAAUAGUUUUGAGAAAUACACUUAUUUGCUUUCUUGCCGAGAGUUAGAUGAGAAGAUUGACUUUCAUAUCUGUCUGUUUAAAUGAGAAGCUAC